CCAUCCUUUCUUACUUGUCUUGCCAAAAUUGAAUUUCCAGCACUUUUCUUAUUUUAUUUCCAAAUGGGUUUUCUGCGAGUUAAUUUUUGUGCCAUUUGAUGUAUGUUUAUUCUUCAAAGACUGAAUCUUUCAACUUGUUUAUGACCACCAAUGCAAAUUCUUGGACUAAUCACUACGGAAAUUUUAGACCCAAAAUGGCAAAUUCGAACUCUGGGGAGGAAUUCUUGAAGGAUUUCAGAAUUCCCAAGUAUGUACUAGUGCCUGAAUCAAAGAGUGAAAAUGUUGCUGAUGUACCGCAAUGUCCGGUUUUAGUGUUUAUCAACUCCAAAAGUGGUGGCCAGCUUGGUGGGGAUCUUCUUGUAUCAUACCGUUCCCUUCUAAAUGAAAGUCAGGUUUAUGAUCUGGGGCAAGAGGCUCCGGAUAAGGUUCUUUGCCGAAUCUAUGCCAAUCUUGAAAAGCUCAAGCGCAAUGGGGAUAAAUUCGCUACAAAUAUCCAAGAGAGAUUGAGAAUCAUUGUUGCAGGUGGCGAUGGAACAGCUGGUUGGCUUCUUGGAGUUGUUUCUGAUCUCAAGUUAUCUCAUUCGCCACCAAUAGCAACAGUACCACUAGGAACAGGAAACAAUCUUCCUUUUGCAUUUGGAUGGGGGAAGAAGAAUCCUGGGACAGAUCCUCAAUCUGUGAAGCAGUUUUUGGACCAAGUAAAGAGAGCCAAGGAAAUGAAAAUAGACAGCUGGCACAUUCUCAUGAGGAUGAGGAAGUCAAAAGAAGGUCCGUGCGAUCCCAUUGCGCCUCUUGACCUACCACAUUCUUUGCAUGCAUUUGGCCGUGUCUCUGAUUCAAAUGAGCUGAGCAUGGAAGGCUGCCAUACCUUUCGUGGGGGAUUUUGGAACUAUUUCAGUAUGGGAAUGGAUGCUCAAGUAUCAUAUGCAUUUCAUACUGAGCGAAAGCAGCAUCCCGAAAAGUUCAAAAAUCAGUUAACUAAUCAGACUACUUAUGCAAAGAUUACCCAUUCACAAGGCUGGUUUUCUUCUCCUCGUUCUCAAUCUGCUGCACGGGACAUAGCACAAUUUGCAAAGGUGAAGAUCAUGAAAAAUGAUGGCCAAUGGGAAGAUCUACAAAUUCCUCCAAGUAUCAAGUCAAUCGUGAUCCUCAAUUUGCCUAGCUUUUCUGGUGGUUUUAAUCCUUGGGGAGUCCCAAUUAGGAAGAGGCGUAAUGGAGGUUUUACUCCAGCAUAUGUAGACGAUGGUCUCAUUGAAGUCGUUGGUUUUCGAGAUGCAUGGCAUGGGCUUGUUUUGCUUGCAAAGGGACAUGGGACUCGUCUUGCCCAGGCCCACCGUAUUCGCUUUGAGUUUCACAAGGGUGCAAUUGAUCAUACGUACAUGAGGAUCGACGGGGAACCCUGGAAGCAAACCCUCCCAGUUGACGAUGAAACCGUCAUGGUUGAAAUCUCUCACCUUCGCCAGGUGAACAUUCUUGCUCGACAUGGCUGCAGGUCUAAAAGCGUUUACAAUCCUGAGUCACCUAGCGGCCAGGGAAAUGAGGAAGAUGAUUGGGAUGAUGAAGAAACUCAUGAAUCAGCAGAGUAUAGGAAGUUUGGUGCAGCAGACACAUUUAAGCUCCCCGAAGAGAUUGAUAUUUCGCAUCUCAGUUAACUUCUUAUUAAGUUGUUCCUUUCUCAGUCCCAGUCCAAAUUCCCCUAUUAACGAGUGAGAUUUCUUUUGGAAUUUCAUUAACAUCUUAGCUUAGUAACAUUUCUAGCAGGAAGCCAUAGAAGAUCUUUCUAUCGGUUCAUUGUUUUGUGACGAAUUGCUUUCUAGGGUUCUUACUUAGUAACCCCAUUGUUAUCUACCUGUACAUGAUUGAUUUGUGGAUGAAUGCAAAUAAUUCUUUUAA